AUGACCACCGUCUGUCCGACUCCGAAUUCCCCGCCCGACUUGUCUGGGUCCAAGUCCUCCAAGUCUUCCUCCUUCCAUUCCUCCUCCCAAAUCGAUGGCCCGGACAGCAUUUUUACGGAUAUCUCGAACUUCGAAGAGAUCGGUCUAGAGGAUGACGCCGAAGUUCCGAUCGUCGACCCCGCGACCUCCUAUGGCCGCGCCGGUCUGACGGCGCGAUCUUCCACCGCCCGAAUGCCCAGCAGUUUGCCGAAUAAAAGUCCCGCAGCGACGACGAGAGACUUGACCGCGACUCCCAAACCCCGGAGGCGCAGUCCCUUGCCCCCGAUUCACAGCCAAACCAAUGGUUCCGUACGGACCCCGCAAUCCGUGGGCUCUCUCUCGGCAAGAGCCGGCAACAGGAGAGACUCGACCAGCACCCCUAAUUCUGGUGGAUUGACACCGUCUCAACCGCGCCGACCACGAUCUAUUUCGCCGCUGCGACCAUCUUCAAGCCGAUCUGCCUCCAGCACGAGUCUGGCACUAUCCCCGCUUUCCGCGAGAGUUCCCACCCAGAAGCAGACAUGGCAACCCAAUAAAAAGUCCGUGAAAGAUCUAGAGGAUGAAUAUCAUGACUCGGAUGAUGAGCUCCCCGACGAUGCCAGCCUGUGGAAUAUCCCCAUUUCUCCCCGCCCAGUCCAAGACCGCCCGCAGUCUCGUAGCACCAGCCCUAGUGGUCGCAGCCCAGGGCCCCGACCUUUGCCAAUUUCGCACACAGUUUCGGAAACGAAAUUAAACCAACAGGCCCCAUCAUCAACUAAGGCUGCGCGCAUGAAGCGAACGCAGCGGUCUAGUUCUGCGGGCCCCGAGCGAGGUCAGAUCUCACCGCGCAAUCCUCGCGCCUAUUCGUACAACAGUUAUCUGUCAGAUCUCUCUGAGGAGGCAAGAAUCAUCACCGAAGCGCUGGAACAUCAUGCGGAUGAAAGUGAACGCAAACAUGAGGAUGCCGUCCAGAACGGCCUCUCUUCUGGCAAGUCAAGCUCUGACUCCCCUCGAGCAUCGGAUGUUAUCGAAUUGCCGCCCCUACAGAAGUCAAACAUCAUGAUCGACCCAUUGCCUAUCAGCAAGGAGAAGGAGAAGGUUCUCACGCGGACUCGCCCAAGCUGGCUGCCGCCGAAAGACCAAAAGGAGGAAAAGAAACACUUGAAGGAGUACAAGCAGAUGGUUGCCCAGUCGCGUGAAGCUGAAAAGCGCAAAGCUGCCCGGGCGGCUUCUGCCCAGUGCGAAAAGGACAACACUCGAGAAACGCUCCAGAACAUCUGGGAUGACUAUGUGAGCCCCAAUUGGGAUCGUGUGUUGCGUGAACCCCGCACUCGGGAGCUUUGGUGGCGUGGAAUUCCGCCUCGCAGUCGAGGAGCUAUGUGGAAACGUGCCAUUGGUAACGAACUCUCACUGAGUGAUGAGUCGUAUAGCAAAGCCCUGCAGCGGGCAAAGGAUUUACGGUUGAAGACUGAUGCCGAGCCGGGCGAAAAUCAAAAGCGGAUUCUGGAAUGCUUUGAUGUUAUUGAAGCCGACGUAUCGACCGCUUUUCCAGAUCUGAAUCUGUUCCAGGAGGGCGGACCACUUCGGGAAACGCUGAUUGAUGUGCUGCAGGCGUACUCGAUGUACCGCAGCGAUGUUGGUUAUAUUCAUGGUCUCCACACCAUUGCCGCUCUUCUCGUCCUUCAAUUCCCUACCCCCAGCUCCGCGUUUAUCGCCAUGGCGAACGCCCUUAAUCGACCACUACCGGUAGCCUUCCUGACUUGGGAUCGUGGUGCGAUGGCACGUACCUACAGUCUUGCUUCCGACACCCUCCGCUACAAAUUCCCCCGCAUUUCCGCACAUCUCCAUGAAACUCUGAAGCUUUCUGAUGAAGAGAUCUGGGAGCCUAUGUUCCAGUCGCUCCUUACCAAUGGCCUCGACUUGGAGCGCAUUUCCCGUGUAUGGGACUGCUGGGUGUUUGAGGGUGACCGCAUCAUGAUUCGCACUGCCGUCGCUAUCCUAGGCUGUCUGCAGACACAAUUGUUGGCUUUCCAGCAAGCAGAUGAUCAGUCCCGCCUUGCGGUGCGCAACAUUCUAGGCUGGGGCCCUCACCAUCCUGGCGCGAGCACUCAGAAGCCCAAGGACCGACAUAGUGCUCCUACGGCAUCUGGAUUUGGCGGCCAGAUUGCGAAUCCUGGUGUGGCUGACUAUUGGAUCCUAACCGCUGCUGGCAACGAGGAUGGGUUCAUGGCCGCCGUGCGGGAAGCCGGUAAAGUACGGCAAUAG